AUGACGACCCUCUCCUACGCAUCGCUGAGCUUGAGAGCUCAGCUGGAAAGCCUUGUCGCAGACAUCACCUACCAAGAGGGUGGGCGGCCACCCGUCUGCAUAAUCUCCGACCUCUUUUUCGGCUGGGCGGUAGAUGUGGCCAAGGCCUUCAGCACGAGGAACUAUGGCUUCACCACUUGCGGGGCCUAUGGGACCUUGGCACACUUGUCCUUGUGGCUCCACCUCCCACACCGUGGGACAGAGUCCAGUAAGUUCGUGGUACCGGGGUUCCCAGAACGAUGCCUCUUCGACAAGUCACGCCUUGUGGUGAUGAUCAGGGAGGCGGAUGGGGAGGACAUGUGGUCCAGAUUCCUCCAGUCUCAGUUCGAGCUCUCUCUCAGUUCAAGUGGGUGGCUGUGUAACAUGUCCGAGGAAUUUGAGCCGCUCGGAGCGGCAGCCCUGAGAAACUUGGUGAAGCUUCCGGUCUGGACCAUCGGUCCCCUUCUUCCUGAUGCGAUUGUCAGGGACGACGACUCUUCAGGUUCCUUGAAUUUCAUCUCUGAACAUCGACCUGAAAAGCCACUUGGGAUCACCCUGGAGAGAUGCAUCGAGUUUUUCGACGCUCAGCCUCCGGGCUUUGUUGUGUACGUCUGCUUCGGUUCCCAAAACACUAUAACUAUAAAGACUCAACAUUUGUGA